GUCAAUGCGACAGCUUUGCAUUCACUGCAAUGUAACCUCGGUUAGAUCUCGGCUUAUACAUGUACAGCUCAGUGUUCAGCUACCACUUUGAUUCUUUUCAAAAUGUUUUCCUUUCAGUUGCCAAUCCAUGUUUGGGCACCAGUCUUUGCCCAGGUGCAGGGAAGUACUGCGUGGCUGACAUUUACAACAGUGCCGGAUAUGAAUGCGUCUGCAAUGCUUUGGAUGGCUACCUUGCUCAAGCAGGUGGCACCUGUGAAAGAUUGGCAUCUCGAAUAUUCCGACUCCGAGUUGUGGGCGUGAAUGGGAAUCCUGUUGCUUUUACUCCAGAGUUUAGCAAUCACAUUUCCACUGCCAGCAAACAGUUCCUAUCUCUUAGCGCUAGAGUGGUUUUGUAUGUGCUACAACAAAAUGGGUUAACUUCAGCUGUACGAGAUGUGAUAGGGAUACGUGUUGUCAGCGGAGGGAGUUUAAUCGUCGAAUACGCGGCAUUUUACAGUGAUGAAAACUCGGCGCCAACAAUCUCAACUAUACAAUACGCUCUUCAGUCUGGAAGCAGACUCAGUGACUCUGCUGACUAUCUUGAUGUAGACACAGGAUAUGUUACUUCGACCAGCUCUGUGUCGUCUUGUCCUCCAAACUACUGUGCCAAUGGCGGUUCGUGUUCAGUGGAUUUUGUACUGUAUCCUAUCUUCUCCUUCACAUGCAGCUGUCAGACAUCUUUUACUGGUGAACGAUGUGAGACAGUCAUACCUUUAGAGCCUGGUGUGACGAUCACGACUACAGUAAGCAUGACCACUCAAAGCCCUGGUUUGUCGACCCUUUCCAUCAUCCUCAUCGCGGCUGGAAUACUACUGGUCCUUCUGCUCACGCUGUUGUUGAUCAUGUGCAUUACAUGCAUGGUAAUGCGACCGCGACACAAGUUGGUCAGAUAUGGCAGACCUGGUUGGGGAGAUGGCAUGGUUCCCAUCCGAUAUGGGCACCACAACUAUGGCCUGGAUCAUGAUGGCGAUCGCGAGUCGGAGAGCCGAAGUGACGAGAUCAGAAUGCACCAACUUCAGCAGGCUUUGGGGCACUCAAUGUACCCACAACCGGACUCGGCUGGACGCUUGGAUAGUUUCUCGAGACCUUAUGUGGCAUCAGGCAAUGAAGAGCUGUACCGCGUUUUGGAUGGGAGACCACGUGAUAGCAGGCCUGCUCCUGCUGGAGCUGUCUUCAAUCCAACCUACCGGUACUAAAGUCAAACUGCCGAUCAAGUUAUUUACAACAUCGGAUUACCACACGUCUUUCGUUAUAAAUAUGCUGAAAUAGAGUGACAAAGUUUGAAAUCGACAAAGAUUAGAACCCGAUAAGACUUACUUUAAACAGCAAACUGUAUUGUGACAAAUCUGAAAUCCGUUUACAAAGAAGAGUUUACAAGCCUGACAAGCCAUUAACAGAAGACUCACACUGUGAUUUUGUAAUUUUUGUACAGGCUGAGUAAAAAAAUAAUGGUGUGGCAAGCCAAUUUCAUAAACUGCUUUUAGAUGGAAAAAACUGACUUUAGGUGCUCAAUUUGUUCAAAUUAUAUUACUUAUAAACAAAAUUACCCUAAAGUCUGUUUCGUCCAAAAAUGCAAUUUCAAGAAUUGUCGUUUCAAGAUGUAUUUCUUCAAACAUCACCAGAGAUAAAACUGCAAUUAAAAAGUGACAAAUAUUCAACAAAGUCCUCUUGAAGGCCUGUCUUUAA